AUGGUGGCACCAAAGAGUCACACAGAUGACUGGGCUCCUGGGCCUUUCUCCAGUAAGCCACAGAGGAGUCAGCUGCAAAUAUUCUCUUCUGUUCUACAGACCUCUCUCCUCUUCCUGCUCAUGGGACUAAGAGCCUCUGGAAAGGACUCAGCCCCAACAGUGGUGUCAGGGAUCCUAGGGGGUUCUGUGACUCUCCCCCUAAACAUCUCAGUAGACACAGAGAUUGAGCACGUCAUCUGGAUUGGUCCCAAAAAUGCUCUUGCUUUCGCACGUCCCAAAGAAAAUGUAACUGUUAUGGUCAAAAGCUACCUGGGCCGACUGGACAUCACCAAGUGGAGUUACUCCCUGUACAUCAGAAAUCUGACUCUGAAUGAUGCAGGAUCCUACAAAGCCCAGAUAAACCAAAGGAAUUUUGAAGUCACCACUGAGGAGGAAUUCACCCUGUUCGUCUAUGAGCAGCUACAGGAGCCCCAAGUCACCAUGAAGUCUGUGAAGGUGUCUGAGAACUUCUCCUGUAACAUCACUCUAAUGUGCUCCGUGAAGGGGGCAGAGAAAAGUGUUCUGUACAGCUGGACACCAAGGGACCCCCACGCUUCUGAGUCCAAUGGAGGCUCCAUUCUUACCAUCUCCCGAACGCCCUGUGACCCAGACCUGCCAUACACCUGCACAGCCCAGAACCCCGUCAGCCAGAGCAGCUCCCUCCCCGUCCACUUUGGGCAGUUCUGUACAGAUCCAGGAGCCUCCAGAGGAGGAACAACGGGGGAGACUGUGGUAGGGGUCCUGGGGGAGCCAGUCACCCUGCCACUGGCACUCCCAGCCUGCCGGGACACAGAGAAGGUUGUCUGGUUGUUUAACACAUCCGUCAUCAGCAAAGAGAGGGAAGAAGCAGCGACGGCAGAUCCGCUCAUUAAAUCCAGGGAUCCUUACAAGAACAGGCUGUGGGUCUCCAGCCAGGACUGCUCCCUAAAGAUCGGCCGGCUGAAGAUAGAGGACGCCGGCCCCUACCAUGCCUACGUGUGCUCAGAGGCCUCCAGAGUCACCAGCACGACACAUGUCACCCUGCUCAUCUACCGACCUGAGAGAAACACAAAGCUUUGGAUUGUGUUGUUCCUGAUGUUUUGCCUUCCGUGCGUUGGGAUCUUCAGCUGGUGCAUUUGGAAGCGAAAAGGACAGUGUUCAGUCCCAGCCUUCUGUUCCAGCCAAGCUGAGGCCCCAGCGGAUACACCAGAACCCACAGCUGGCCACACACUAUACUCUGUGCUCUCCCAAGGGUAUGAGAAGCUGGACACUCCCCUCAGGCCUGCCAGGCAACAGCCUACGCCCACCUCAGACAGCAGCUCUGACAGCAACAUCACAACUGAGGAGGAUGAGGACAGGCCCGAGGUGCACAAGCCCAUCAGUGGAAGAGACGAGGUGUAUGACCAGGUCACUCAGGAGGGUGCUGGACAUCACCCAGCCCCUGAGGGCCAAGCAGACUAUGAUCCUGUCACUCCAUAUGUCACAGAAGUUGAGUCUGUGGUUGGAGAGAACACCGUGUAUGCACAAGUGUUCAACUUACAGGGAAAGACCCCAGUUUCUCAGAAGGAAGAGAGCUCAGCCACAAUCUACUGCUCCAUACAGAAACCUCAGAUGGUGGUGCCGCCACUACAACAGAAUGAUCUUGAGAUUCCUGAAAGUCCUACCUAUGAAAAUUUCACCUGA